UGUGCACGUGAAAUAUGCAUAUGCUUGGACCAUGUGGAGCUCCUAUAUAUAGGAUGACGAAACUAUGUUGUGCUCGAAAAUAACGAAACACAAAGCACAAAACAUGAACAACAAUACCUCCUCAAAACGACCAGAAAACCAAUUCUAUGACGACGACGAAGAUGAUAAGACUUCGUCGGUGGUGUUGAUUCCGGGAUUGCCGGACCACUUGGCCCAGCAAUGUCUUUCCGCCGUCCCGCCCUCCCUUCUCUACGGCGUUUGCCGCUCCUGGCGCCGCUUCAUCUACUCCCCUUCUUUCCCUCCCUUCUACUGUCUCUACGCUCUGCUCUCUCCUUCUUCAUCAAUGGCUUCCUCGUCAUCGUCGAUUGCAGCUUCCACGGGGAAGCCAGAAGUGUUAGAUCUAAAGUAUAGUAUAAGGAUACAGAAUAAAAUCUACGAGAAACCUAACCUCAUAGUCAGGAAUUCUGGUAAGUCAGAAGUUCCGUCGAGUUCGAUUGAAUUCUUGUGUCUAGACCCCCUUUCGUCGAAGUGGGCCCGCCUCCCAAGCCCGCCGCCGGAACCUCCUCUGAAAAUCCUCCACCGCCACCCUUCCUUUAUUUCUAGAACCCUCCCGGUCCAAUCAUUAGCCGUCUCCGGCAAGCUUCUCCUCGUCGCCGGCACCACUCACAACUUCGUUCCCGCGCUCGACCGUCCAUUGUGCUUUGACCCGUCUUCCGGCGAGUGGUUUUCCGGCCCGCCGUUCACCGCCCCUCGCCGCUGGUGCGCCACCGGCUCCGUCCACGGCCAAGUCUACGUGGCGAGCGGCGUCGGGUCCGGGUACCAGGGUGACGUGGCGAGGUCGUUGGAGAAAUGGGACGUUAGCGAGAAACCCGCGGACUGGAAAUGGGAAAAACUAACUUCCCUGAAAAACGGGCAGUUUUGUCGGGAAGCCGUUGAAGGCGUGGGGUAUAAAGGUAAAUUGUGCAUGGUAAAUAUAAAAGGGAACGCGGUAAAAGAAGGCGCCGUUUACGAUGUGACGGCGGACCGGUGGGAGAAAAUGCCGAGAGGAAUGCUGGAGGGGUGGAACGGGCCGGCGGCGGUGGCGGAGGAGACGACGGCGGGGGACGGAGAUAAUGAGAUUUAUAUGGUGGAUGAAGCGAUAGGUUCGUUGAGCAGGUAUAAACCGGAAGAUGACAGUUGGGAGGAGGUGAUUCAGUCGUCGGAGCAUCUGAAGGGCGCAGAGCGGAUUGCGGUGGAGAGAGGCAAAGUUUGCGCCGUGUCUGGCCGUGGACGGUGGGUCACGGUGGUGGACGUGGCGGCGCAGCCGGCUAGGAUUUGGGUUGUGAAUCCGCCGCCGGAGAUGGAGUUCAUUGCCGUUCAUAUAUUGCCAAGGAUGAAGAGUGUAGAAAACUAAAUUGCGAAUUCAAUUCUAAGAAAGAAAAUUAGUAAAUUACUCAUGUUUUUUUUCUUUAAUCAAUCAAUAUAUAAUUGAGUAGAAAAUUUUUAAAUGUUUAAUUAGUUCUUAUUUUAUUUUGUAAUUUUAAAGAUAUUUUUCAAAAUCUAGCGGCCAGUUAGGUAUAUAUACUAUAGUACAUACCUUAACAACAAAAAAAUUAUA